GGCCAGCCUGGCCAUGGAAGAGGCGGAGUUUAGGACCCUGCGGCCCGGCCUGUACAAUAGGACUGUUGUGUGGCGGUGGAAAGAAGGCUGCAGAUUUUCCUCGUAUUGACACUGUGUAACUGAACACAUCUGUAAUUAUACACAUUUAUUCACACAAUUGUGGACUCCAUAGGCGAGGAGAAGUACCGUGAGGUGUGAGUGAGUUACUCGGAGCUGGAUUGUGUGUAAGGAUGAGAUUUGGAUGCCGGACGCAGGCUGAGAGACGACGUUAGCUCGCACGAAGGCUUAAACUUUAUGGAUACAUCAGGAUGAAACGACUCAGGACUUCAAGCAGUAGUGACAGUUCCGACAAUGAGAGUCCCUCCACGUCCUUUUCCAAGAAUAACUAUGGCAGUAAACCGGGGACUCCAGCCUCGGCUCAGAAGAAGCCAGCAGAGGUGUUCAGAAAAGACUUGAUCAGUGCGAUGAAGCUGCCGGACUCUCACCACAUCUCCCCUGAUGAUUAUUACCUGCUGGCUGAUACGUGGAGGCAGGAGUGGGAGAAAGGAGUGCAGGUCCUGGCCAGUCCUGAUACCAUUCCCCAACCAUCUGUCAGGAUCAUGGCAGAGAGGCCAAAGGAGAUUCUGUUCUCCAGGCCGAGGAAAAACAUCCAGUGCUGGAGUCAGGACUGCACAGAGAUGGGCUACGUCAACAUUAAGGAGCUGGCUGAAGCCAUGUGCAGGUACGACCUGGAUGACACAGACCUGUACUGGCUACAACACCUCAACAUGGAGCUGCUGCACAUGGGAGAAGGGACGGUGGACGAGUUGACCAUGGAGAGAACAAUCGAGGCUCUUGAAAGAAAGUGCCACGACAACAUGAACCACGCUAUUGAGACAGAGGAAGGGCUGGGCAUCGAGUACGAUGAGGACGUCAUCUGUGAUGUGUGUCGAUCACCCGACAGCGAGGAAGGAAACGACAUGGUCUUCUGUGACAAGUGCAAUAUUUGUGUUCAUCAGGCUUGUUACGGCAUAGUGAAAGUUCCAGACGGAAACUGGCUGUGCAGGACCUGUGUCCUCGGCAUCAACCCGCAGUGUAUACUGUGUCCCAACAAAGGAGGAGCGAUGAAGGCCACACGAGCGGGAACGAAGUGGGCUCACGUCAGUUGUGCUCUCUGGAUACCUGAGGUGAGCAUCGCAUGUCCAGAGAGGAUGGAGCCCAUCACUAAACUGUCUCACAUUCCACCCAGUCGCUGGUCUCUUAUAUGCAGCCUCUGCAAGAUCAAAACCGGAGCCUGCAUCCAGUGUUCAGUGAAGAAUUGCACCAUCCCUUUCCACGUCACAUGUGCCUUCGAGCAUAACCUGGAGAUGAAGACCAUCCUUGACGAAGGUGAUGAGGUGAAGUUUAAAUCUUAUUGCCUGAAGCACAGCAAGCCCAAAGCGUCCGAGCCCGGUCUGAGCCCGGCCCGACACAAACCCCCGACAGAGACAGAGAAGGUGGGGCUCAGGGCGCAGAAGCUCCAAGAGCUGGAGGAGGAGUUCUACAAGCUGGUGCAGCCGGACGAGGUGGCGCAGGAGCUGGGGCUGCCUCUCCACCUGCUCGACUUCAUCUACCAGUACUGGAAGCUAAAAAGAAAGAGCAGUUUUAAUAAAGCCCUUUUGCCACCUAAAGAGGAGGAGGAGAACCUGCUGAGGCAGCCGCAGGAGGACAGCAUACACACACGCAUGCGCAUGUUCAUGCACCUCCGCCAAGACCUGGAGAGGGUGAGAAAUCUGUGCUACAUGGUGAGUCGGAGAGAGAAGCUGAAACUGUCUCAGAGUAAAGUCCAGGAGCAGAUCUUCAACCUUCACGUCAAACUCAUGAAUCAAGAACAAGCUGCAGAGCUACCAGUGUCGUCCAACAUGGAGAACCUGAUCUUCCCGUCUCCUCCCAGGAUAACCAUCAAACUGAAAAUCAAAAGCAAAACCAGCACCAAGUCGGGAAACGGGCCGCUGUGUCCGGAUAACAGCAGCAACGUGUAUGACGUGAGUGGGGCCGGGAUGGGGCAGGGCAAACCUCCGCUCCAGCACAGCCGAGCACCCAGGGACGAGAGAACCAACGGCAUCGUCCCCAUCACCAAGCCGACAGGGAAGCCUCUGGCACUGCACGCCGCCCUGCACGCCCACGCGACCAAGCCCGAGCAGGACCGACCGCACCAGCAUUCGCUCAAACCCAAAGGCAUCAUGGAGAAGCCCACAGUUCAGAGAAAUGUCUCGUGCCUCACGACUCCACCUGAACCGGGAUCGUGUGACAAGCAUUCUGGGAAAGGUCAGCCCGGCGCGUUACAUAAAUCCACCAUGGAGCACUUCAGCAGAACCCUGAAAGAAGCCACCGUCAGCCUGGUACGAACUACUGCGGAUCUCUGGAGCGCGAACAAGAACCACCAGAAAAACAAAGAGCGGACAAACUGUGGAAAAGCCCCGAGCACCGAGCGAGCACCAAAGAGCGUCAGAGGGUACCAAGAAAGCGAUGGGUACUGCCCCGACCUCGAGCUCAGCGACUCAGAACCUGAAGCCAAAGGCAGGCGACAGAGAGAGAGAGAACGAGUGGGGAGAGGGCUGAGCGAGAGGAGUCCGGCUGCUGGUUAUGGGCGUGGAGGAGCUCGAGGAAACGUUGCUGUAGGUUCCAGGACUUCGGUGCAAAGGUGACGAGCCGGCGCAUGCACAAAAAAUUCUCCUGCCAACUGAUGUAGGUCUGCUGAGGUAAAGCACUGUCGCGUCCCACAGGGGGGACGAUCUCCAGUCACGCCGGCCGACAGCCUGGAAAAAGCGGCGCAGCAGAUUUUAGAAAGUGGUCUUUUUAUUGUAUUUGAGCUGCCUUAUAAACUACACUGGUGAGAGACCACGCUGUCUGAGUCUCAGGCGGUGUAGCAGUGUUUCUGUAUAUACUGGCUAAAAAAAAGGUUUUGUAGGUUGUGUAUAUAUUAGCUUGUGUGUCAGGAGCGAUGUUGAUUUACAAAUCCUUCAAACAUUCUUAUGGUUAUGCAAAUAAAUAAAAGCAUAAGACUG